AUGCAGUCCAGCUCAUCCCACCACUCGCCUACUCCUGAUCCUGAUGGGUCACCCCGGGCUGACGGCGAGCUCAUCGUCCGCAAGCCAAUGGAGAAGCAGCCAGACGAAAGCCCUCAGGCCGCAAGCGACAAGCAGCGCCAAGAUGACCAGCGUAUUUCUUCCCCUAACGGCCCCUCCGGCAACAUGGCAGGUUCAACAGAUGGUCGCGCCGCACCCGCCCAGGCUGGCAGCUCGGCCACGACGAACAACCCUGGCGAUCAAGGCAGAAAGAACAAUAUGGAGAAGAUGGCCUUAGAAGUACAGCAGUCUAUUGCGAAUGGACUCUACCGAGAUCUCAAGAGGUGCGAGUCCGACCUCGACAUCGCUCGCCAACAGCUCGAGUUGGCCCAUAGCGAGCACGAGCGACUCAAAGCCGAGUUCGAUCAGGCAUUCAAAGACUACCACCUCGCGAGCACCCAAUUCGUCGCGGUCAACAGCAAGAUGACCAAUAUACAGGAGGUUCUGGCCGAUUUGGCGGACAGACUCGAGAAGAACGGCUUCGAGCUCGGGGACGACGGCUUCGAGAGAAAGUAG